GUGGCUUGCAGCAGCAGCAGGAGGGGGCGUGGUCACGCGGCGCCCCUCCCUCUCUCCCCUCGCGAGUCUCGAGGCGGAGGCCGAGGCGCGCGGCUGCCAUGGGCGUUCAAGUGGAGACCAUCACCCCUGGCGACGGCCAGACGUUUCCCAAGAAAGGGCAGACCGUGGUGGUGCACUAUACGGGCACUCUUGAGGAUGGCAAGAAGUUUGACUCGUCUCGUGACCGAGAUAAGCCAUUCAAGUUUAAGAUCGGCAAGCAGGAAGUGAUUCGUGGCUGGGAGGAAGGCGUGGCCCAGAUGAGCGUUGGGCAGCGAGCACGACUCACGUGCUCGCCUGAUUUUGCGUACGGUGCCAUUGGGCAUCCUGGAGUGAUCCCACCCAAUGCCACACUCUUGUUUGAUGUGGAGCUUCUCAGGCUGGAGUAGGAUGGUCACCCGCUCCCUGAGCUGAAGCCAGAGAAAGCAAUGCCUGUCAUGAUGUCUAUGAAGGAAAGGCAUGGAUAGCACCUAGCUUGUUACCAUGAUAGUUAUUAAAGCCCAUUGCAUUAUUUAGCUUCUGUUAAACUGUCCUUAACACUUAAAUCCCAUUGUUUUUGCUAUGUAAUGAUCACAGUAUGUAUUCUCUUCAGAUGAGUGUAUGUACCUAUUAUGAGGUUGGUGUUUGAGUAGCAUGUGUCCUGUGGUGCGAUUGAUAAUCUAGAAAACAGGAUGCUGGAGAUCUUGAGAUGUAGUCUCAGGUCACCAGCUGGUUUCUCUGGAUGUUUUUGUAUCCUGUAUAAUGAAACUUUUCGGGACAGAUUUAUACAAUCAUAAACACAACUAUAAUAAAGCCUUUCUGGAACACAUUUUUGGCUAAUCAUUUUAUAAUAUCGUGCCGAUGUUAACAUUUGAAUCACAUUUUAAGUAAGCACAUCGUGUCAAAUUGCAGUAGCUCACUCGAGCCUAUAGCAUGCAUCAAUAUACUUGUAGUAAUAAGUACUUUAACUUUCUCAAUUCUAAUUAAAAUAUUUAAUUUGAUGGCUAGUAAAUGGUAACUAUUUUAUGCAUGUUUGUGGUAUUUGUUUUGCUAUCUUUUCAAGACAAAUGGACAAUUUCAAUGAUUGGGGUCCAAUAUUUUACAACCUCAGUUUGCUGGUCUCUACUGUGUCUGCCUUGUGGAGACCAAGAGUGUUGCUGUGCCCUUUAUGCCCAGUACACAUGGGUUCCACAUCGAGCCAAUUUAAAGUGUUAUUUCCCAAACUGAUGCAGUUAAACGUCGGAAGCGUAACUCUCUUAUAACGUAUAUAUUUACAGUAACGAAUGAACACAAAUUUGGGUCUCAGCAGUGUACAACACAUGUAUGCCAAUGUGUUACUAAUAGCUACAGACGGUCUGGACUAAUUUUAUCUUCAAACCUGAGCAUGAUCUGUUCCACCACUGCAUCUGUUAAAGUUAUCUGAGGACAGUGCGUGGCGUGCAUCGAAUGUAAACCGUGUUUGGAGAGGGGGGGGGGCGCCUGUGUUGUGGACCAAGCAGCGCCUUUGCAGUGUUUCCUUGGCCUGCUCCAGGUCGUCUCGGCUGCUCAGUACAUUUCACAUUUUGGUGGCUAUCGAUAAAUUGCUCUUAUUUACUAACAUAGUGAUACCGUUUAACUCCUUUUGGUGUGAUGCUAAUACUGUGCUUUCUAGAGUUCAUUAUUAAUGUAUUCAUUUGCUGCUUAGGGAAAUGUUGAUAACAUUCUUGAUUGAACUUAUGUGGGUGGAUUUGAGUAUUUUGCAUGGCGAGGGUGAUCGACUGGUUUCACUUUGUGUGACUGUUUGGAACUAACCAAAAGUUUAUCUUUAUAAAAUCGAGCACGCGUGAAAAUGGAUACAUUGUUCCUCUUGCUUUGCAGAGCAUUCUAUAUGAAUUGAUUAUUGAAUAUUCGUACAUUUUGCAGUUUUUGACUUUUUAUUCAGUUGCUAAUUACAUGACUAACAGAAUUUGCGAACUGUCAGCAGGUCGCUACAUUUUUAAAUGGCUCUUGAGUUACAAGCUCACGUGUCACAUUCAUAUUGGGCAGAUGCACUAGCCGUAAUAGCAUUUCUGAAGUGCUGAUUUGCUGUCCUGACAUCUGUGUAAUUGCAGCUGUGUGGAUUGGACUUAUUUUUUAACAAGCCGUUGUAGUAUUCAAUGGUGACAAUACCACACAGCUGUUUGGAUGAUUGGAUUUUGGAAAUACUGUUGUGCUGAAAGGUGUUCAUCUUGAAGCAAACCUUCGUACGGAUGCUUACCGUAUACAGGAGUACAUCGUAACACCAUCUAACUGGCAUUUCGGAUAAGCGAGUUUCACCAAAUUAUAUUUAUACAUCUGAACUAAUUUGGCCAGCUAAAAUGUAUAGCUGUGACCAGUAUACGAGAUGAGAAUCUAUAUCUGAAUACAAUACUGGAGAGACUUGAAUAUCAGAUCCCACCUUGUGUUGUAGGUUGAAGCAGUUUUAGCCACUCAAGAAGCCAUUUGCUUUUGAUCGAGUUUCCCUAAACUCAGUCUCUUGCUUCUGUAACUGGGCGGGCCGCAUGGUGCUGUGUUGUUUUCGAUGCAGUGUAGUUCAUUUUUGCAUUUGUUCUGUAUGCCAAUCCACUCACAUUUUUCCAAUAAAGCCAAAACCUGCUUGUCUUUA